ACCCUCCUGUUUUAUGCGUUGGCGUUAGACUCAAAGCUACUGUCCCGCCCUAGUCGUCACGAUUUCCCCUCUCGCUAGGGUUUUUUUUUUCUCCUUCUUUCAUAUCUCUUAAUCUCUCUCUCGAUUUCGCCCUCUCUAAGUCGAUUAUCGGUCUGCUCUCUUCGAUUUCUCUAGUCACUUUCCGGUCGUCGGCCGACAAUCCCCACUCGAUCUGUUCCGUCCUCGGUUGGCAUUUACUUCUGUCACCAAUCAAUGAAGCAUAUUGUCAAGAUUUUGACAUUAUUGGUGGCCAUAUCAGCCCUGUGGAUUGGCCUCUUACAGACAUCAGUUUUACCACAUAACCAUGCUUGGUUGUUACCCAUCUAUUUAAUUGUCUCCCUCGGAUGCUAUGGUCUGUUAAUGGUUGGAGUCGGUCUAAUGACAUUUCCAACUUGCCCCAGAGAAGGACUGUUGUUACAGCAGGACAUUGAUGAGGCCAAAGAGUACCUUAAACAAAAAGGGGUUGACAUAAGUUCUAAUUGACAGACUUUACAAUCCUCUGCCUUCUCUCCUCUUGAUCAGAUCUCUGUUUGUUUGGUGUUAAGGUGAAGAAGAACUCUUCACCCAUCUCAAAGGGUCUUUUUGAUUUGAAUCUUUAUGAAUGGUAGUGAAUGUGGGUUCAUGUAUAGAACAAAGCUGUUUCUUGAUAAUUCUUUCAGUUGAUAAUAUAAUCCUUCACAUGUUGUCAGAGGUAGCA